CCCCCUUCCCGCGCCGUCGUGGCGGCCACUUCCUGGCCCUCCCCACCUUUUGCGAAACCAACGAGAGGACACCGCCUGCAUCUAGAGCAGCCCAACCGGGAACGUAACCGAGUGGCGCGCGAACGUGAGAGGAAAGCUCUGCGCGGCUGCGCUUUCCCGCCCCUGAACCGUUCUAGACGCGGGAAAAAUGCUUUCUGAAAGCAGUUCAUUUUUGAAGGGUGUAAUGCUUGGAAGCAUUUUCUGUGCCUUGAUCACUAUGCUAGGACACAUUAAGAUUGGUCAUGGAAAUAGAAUGCACCACCAUGAGCAUCAUCAUCUCCAAGCUCCUAAUAAAGAAGACAUCUUGAAAAUUUCAGAAGAUGAACGCAUGGAACUCAGUAAGAGCUUUCGGGUAUACUGUAUCCUACUUGUCAAACCCAAAGAUGUGAGCCUCUGGGCUGCAGUGAAAGAAACUUGGACCAAUCACUGUGACAAAGUAGACUUCUUCAGUUCUGAAAAUGUUAAAGUGUUUGAGUCAAUUAACAUGGAAACAAAUGACAUGUGGUUAAUGAUGAGAAAAGCUUACAAAUACGCCUUUGAUAAAUAUAGAGACCAAUACAACUGGUUCUUCCUUGCACGCCCCACUACGUUUGCUAUUAUUGAAAACUUAAAGUACUUUUUGUUAAAAAAGGAUCCAUCACAACCUUUCUAUCUAGGUCACACUGUAAAAUCUGGAGAUCUGGAGUAUGUGAGCAUGGAAGGAGGAAUUGUCUUAAGUAUAGAAUCAAUGAAGAGACUUAACAGCCUUCUCAGUAUUCCUGAGAAGUGUCCUGAACAGGGAGGGAUGAUUUGGAAGAUAUCUGAAGAUAAGCAGCUUGCCGUCUGCCUGAAAUAUGCCGGAGUGUUUGCAGAAAAUGCAGAAGAUUCUGAAGGAAAAGAUAUAUUUAACACCAAAUCUGUUGGGCUUUUUAUUAAAGAGGCAAUGACUAAUCACCCAAACCAGGUAGUAGAAGGAUGUUGUUCAGAUAUGGCUGUUACUUUUAAUGGACUGACACCUAAUCAGAUGCAUGUAAUGAUGUAUGGGGUAUACCGUCUUAGGGCAUUUGGGCAUGUUUUCAAUGAUGCAUUGGUUUUCCUACCUCCAAAUGGUUCUGACAAUGACUGAGAAGUGAAACAAGAGCGUGUAUAUGAUCGCCGGACAAGACGUGUGUUGUUGUUAUUUGUAGUAACAACUGCAUAUAUAUCCAACACAGCAGUAUGUUUCUUUUUUUGUUUUCUUUUUCAAUUUGGUGGCACUGAUUUAUUCCCACAUCGAAGUUUAGUAGUACAUUUUAAAAUAGGGUGGAUUUUUUUUCUUAAAAAAUAUGAUAAUUUCAACUGUGUUGGAAAGAAAUGUCUUAAGAAUAAUAAUUUUACAAAUAAAGGAUAUAUUUAUAAGUAAUAUAUGUGAUAAAUUCUAAAUUAUGAACAUUAAAGUCUGUGUGGCACCUUUUUUUUGCUGAUUGGUUAAAAAUUUAACAUGUCUUUUUAGCUUGCUAAGAUAUCCAAAUGAAAUCUCUAAUUUCGAAUCUGUGAUUAAAGUAAAACUUUUAGCUAUGUGUUUCUGUUACUUCUAAUGUUGGUUUAUGUUCUAAGCCCUCAUAAGUGCCAAUGGAUUUGUUUUCUCAAAAUACACAACCAAGCAACCAAGAGAAUGUUCCCAACCCCUGUUAAAGUAAAAGUUGAAAUCUGUCCCUGAAAUUGAAGAUUACUUACAAAGGUUAAUAAUUUUCCUGGGAGCUAGUUUAGUGGCAUUCCUCGGCAUAUACAAUUUCUCUAUCCAUAUACUGAAAUUGGAGUGGUGACCAUAAAGAAUGUAACGUCAUUUAACUGCAUUGUUUCGCAGUUAAUCAAGCUCUCGGCUAUGGCUUGAAUAAAAAUAUACCAGUUGAGAUUGA